AUGGGAGGACUUCACAACCCGGCGAGUACAACUGGGACGCCUGGGGGCCGCCGGACGGGUCCUCGCCGCACGACGAUUCGCAGAGGCUCGAAUCAACAGCAGCUGCGGGCCAACUCUGCUCGCGCCACGCCAACAUCUAGACAGCAGCAGCAGCAGCAGCGGAACUCUGCUCGCGUCACCCCAACCAUUGGACAGCAGCAGCAGCAGCAGCAGCAGCAGCAGCAGCAGCUGCUGCGGAACUCUUCUCGUGCCACCCCAACCACCGGACAGCAGCAGCAGCUGCAGACCACCACUGGUCUGCCUACCUCACCGUAUGGGCAGCAGGAGCAGCAGCAGCAGCAGCAGCGGAACUCUCCUCGUGCCACGCCAACCACUGGACUGCAGCUGCAGCAGCUGCCCAACUAUUCUCGCGUCACCCCAACCAUUGGACAUCAGCAGCAGCAGUUGCAGACCACCACGGGUCUGCAAACCUCGACUAAUGGACUGCAGGAGCAGCAGCAGCAGCCCGCCACGGAUCUGCAUGCCUCACCGUAUGGGCAACAGCAGCAGCAGCAGCCCGCCACGGAUCUGCAUGCCUCACCGUAUGGGCAGCAGCAGCAGCAGCAGCCCGCCACGGAUCUGCGUGCCUCACCGUAUGGGCAGCAGCAGCAGCAGCAGCCCGCCACGGAUCUGCAUGCCUCACCGUAUGGGCAGCAGCAGCAGCAGCAGCCCGCCACGGAUCUGCAUGCCUCACCGUAUGGGCAGCAGCAACAGCAGCAGCCCGCCACGGAUCUGCAUGCCUCACCGUAUGGGCAGCAGCAGCAGCUGCCCGCGGAUGUGCCAUCUUCGCCGCAUGUGCAGCAGCAGCAACAACAGCAGGCACUGAUGCAACCCGAGGAUCUGCAUACCUCUUCUACUGGGCAUGGGGAUGACGGCGCCCCGACUGACUACAUGCAGCCCCUAGACCCUGAAGCUUUUCCGGAGAUGGAACCUCAGGUACCUGAGCCUGGUUACGAGGGGCUAGAUGAGUAUAGUGAUGCCGAUGAGGAAGCGGGACAAGGAGUGGACCUUAUCUCCCGGGAAGAGUUCGAUGCUGCUCAGGCUGAGGCACGUGAGCUGCGCCGCCGCCUUAUGGAAGCUGAAAAUGAGAACCGUCGCCUGUCGCACGGUGUUGCUAACCAUACCAGCGAAGACGCUCCGGACGAAGCGAGCAACCCUGGCAACUCCUCAGGUGAUGCUGAUGCUCACGGUAUGGGAGCGGCUGGUCCUGGUGCUGCAGCGGCUGGAAGUGGUGCUGCAGCGGCUGGAAGUGGUGCUGCAGCGGCUGGAAGUGGUGCUGCAGCGGCUGGUCCGAGCGCGCCUACUCCUAAUGGCGUGGCAGGAAACACGCUACAGGCGUCGUUCCCGAGAACUCUACUCGUGGAACCGAAUCGGGUGGCUAUCGUAAAUGCGGUCAGGACGGCCCACAGCCGGGGAACUAUUUUGGACUUGCAGCAACUGUCGAGCAUGCAGCGGACGUGGGCGCAUCGGUACGCUGACGCGUUGGCCAGCAUGCCAGAUAUCCACAAUGGGUUCAAGGGGGCCGCGACUCGAGCUGUGGAGAUCCUUUACUUCGAAACUUCGGAUGUGGACCUGGAGUAUUGGACGCCGCGUGACACCAACAUCACCGCCCUUUGCACGGCUCUAAACAUCACAGAUCCUGAGGGAGUGGCUAACCUGCGCCUGGUCAUGGAGAACGAAACGGCUCGGCCUAGGCACCUUCGAAAGAAGCUUCAGGAUGCGAGGAACAAGACCCUCACCACGGGCCGUGUCUUGUUGUACGAAAGAUUCGACAUUCGCAUCAAACGUCCGGACCGCAACCGGGUCGAGACCGGAACGCUGUCGCCUGCGGCGUUCUGUGCCUCCUACCCUGCUAGUGCUCUUUCGUGGGACUUGUUGACGUGGCAUCAUAAUCGACUGGGGAUGCCUUUCGCCUCUGACUUUUUCACCCUUGCGAUUUUCCACUCGUUUGAGAGGCCGGGGCAUGCCAUCUUAGUCCUCCGUUUCAAGCAGAUCGCCUUCUUCCUGCUAGGGGUUGAGUACAAGCUCCUGAAGAACGAAGAGAUGUCGCGCAGCUCAGUUGACAACAAGCGUGCUCUUGCGAUCUACCAUUCCAACGUGCACAACGCCGUUGCUUUUGCUGUUCAAAACCGGACUCCUGCGACGGGUCCUUGGUGGCAGCCUGAGUACAAAGCGUGGAAGUUUAACGAGGCAACGAAGAGGGUCUUCAUCAGUUGCGAGGGGCUGCCGGGAUUGCAGGGCCCCUAA